UUAACGAAAUUGUUCACUUUUAUUGAAACGGUUCAACCGUUUCAUGGUGUAAAAAAUAACAAACAGCAUCAAAAUGAAUUUUAUUCCGAAUUUUCAAGCUUAUCCCAUGACAUUGAAUGUUGAAAUUAAGCAGGAAAGUAUCGUGCCGCAAAACAUUUUCAAUUGUUCCAUUUGCAAUGAAACUUUUCGCAACAAGAAAAAUUUAAAAGAUCAUAAACAAAGGCAGCACCAACAAAUAAACAACCAGAUGAAGUCUGAGUCGAAGGGAAGAAAAGCGAAAAUUGAAGCAAAUUCACUUUCAUUCAACGUGAACUAUGUUCCUCAUCAGCCAAAAUUCCAAUGUGAAUAUUGUUUCAAAGGAUUUGAUCAAUCUCACCGACUCAAGCAGCAUCAAAUUUCUCAUCGGGAACCAAUCUUCCAGUGCGAUCAGUGUGAAAAGAAAUUCAAAUGCCAAUAUCGUCUAAAAUAUCACAAGAAUGAACAUACACCGGGCUCAACUCAAGUCUGUAAUGUUUGCCAUAAAAUCUUCCCAACAUUGAUUCGUCUCCAGCAGCAUCAAAUCAUGCACAAUGAUAAAAUAUAUCAUUGUCAAGAAUGUGACAAAGGUUUUAAAUGCAAAUACCGAUUGAAGUAUCACGAAUUGAAUCAUUAUCAUAAGGCAUAUGAAUGUCCAAUUUGUACGAAGCGUUUUGCUUUACCAUCACGUUUAGCACAACAUCUAUCAAUUCAUGAUGAUAAUACGCCAAGUUUCUCUUGCGAUUUUGUAAACUUAAAACAGACGAUGAAAAUUUUUAUAUUUUUCCUUAUUUCCACGGUAGUGACACAGAUUCAGUCGGUUUCAAUUGUGAAAAAGAAUGAAGAACUUUUUCCGGUUUCCAUUAUUCAUUUGAAUGAUUUUCACGCACGUUUCGAAGAAACUAAUUGGGAUUCAACACAAUGCAAAGAACAUUUGGGGCAAGUUUGCAUCGGAGGAUAUGCACGUGUAAUGACCAUUGUGAAACAACUUUUAAAGGAACGUAACGAACAAAAUAAGAAUCCAAUAUAUCUUAACAUUGGAGAUAAUUUUCAAGGAACUUUAUGGUAUGAAUUACUUGGAUGGAAUGUUACAAGUCAUUUCCUUAAUAUUCUUCCCGCGGAUGCGACAACACUUGGCAAUCAUGAAUUUGACAGAGGUGUUCAAGAAGUGGUACAUUUCCUUGAACAUCUUACAUCACCGGUUGUUGUCUCUAACUUAGAUGACACUGACGAGCCUUCACUGAAAGGAUUGUACAAAAAAUCGAUCGUUAUUGAGCGUAGUGGCCGAAAAAUUGGUCUUGUAGGUGCACUUGUAGUUGCAACUCUUGAUAUUUCGAGUCCUGAAAAACUUCAUAUUCUGAAUGAAAUUGAAUCAGUUAAGACAGAAGCAUCGAGAUUAAAGACAGAAGAAAAUGUUGACAUCAUUAUUGUGUUAUCACAUUGCGGGUUAGUAAUUGAUCGUGAGAUGGCAAUUAAUGGUGGCUCUGAUAUAGAUGUAAUUGUCGGCGGUCAUUCUCAUACACUUCUUUAUUCGAGCACUCCAGUUCCUGUUGACGUAGUCGCAAAUCGUGAAGUUGGAGAAAUUAAAACAACUCUUUAUCAGAAAGAUUGCGCGUUUGGAGAAUGCAACGUUGGAAGUUUCGUAACCGAUGCUUUUGUUAAUUAUUUCAUUGAUCAUCCUGAUUAUCAGGAGAAUGAUGGAUCAUGGACAUAUGCAACAAUUGCAAUUACAAAUGCUGGUGGAAUUCGAACAACCUUAUCAAGCGGUGUAGUCUCUUAUGAUGAUUUGUUUACUUCACUUCCAUUCCAAAACACUAUUGACACAUUUGAACUUCAAGGGAAACAUUUACUCGAAGCUCUUGAAUUUUCAGCAGCAGCCUAUCGUUAUUAUAACUUUUUGCAAUUCUCUGGUUUGCGAGUAGUUUUCAAUGUGACAAAAUCAGAGAAUGAACGGGUUGUGUCUGUUGAUGUUUUAUGUCGUCAAUGUGACAUUCCAAAAUACGAAAAAUUGGAUCCAGAAGAAUGGUAUCGGAUUAUAAUGCCUAGUUUCAUUGGAGGUGGGGGAAAUGGAUAUGUGGUGUUUGGAAAUAAUCGGCGAAAUCACCGUCGUGGUGAUAAGAAAGAUGUAGAAGUUGUAGAAUUGUAUUUGAAAAAGAUGACUCCAGUCAUUCAACGAAAGGAUGGAAGAAAUAUUGUUGUUAUAUGA